CACAAUAAUACUUUUUUCUUCUUCUUAUUUUUCUGUUAACAGUUAUAAUCAUGGCCACUACAUGGUUUUCUUUUUUCUUGAGUUUCCUUUUGCUUUUGCAUGGUAAUUUUGCUCAGCAAAGGUACCAACAGCAACAAGGUCAGUGUCAAAUUAACAGACUCAAUCCACAAGAGCCUUCCUUUAGAAUGCAAGCAGAAGCUGGAGUUACUGAGUUUUUUGACACAAAUAAUCAGCAAUUUCAAUGUGCUGGAGUUUCACUAUUUCGUCAUGUUAUUCAGUCCAGAGGCCUUUUCUUGCCUUCUUAUACUAAUUCUCCACUGCUUGCCUAUGUUGUUCAAGGUAGAGGAUUUUAUGGGAUAAUGAACUCGGGUUGCCCCGAGACAUUCCAAUCAUCUCAACAAACUCAACAGAGAAUUAGAGGCAGAAGAUUUCAAGAUCGUCAUCAAAAGAUUGAACAAUUUAGGCAGGGUGAUAUUAUGGCAUUUCCUGCAGGUGCUGCACAUUGGCUAUAUAAUGAAGGAAAUGAAGAAGUUGUUCUUGUUGUUCUUGAAGAUGCCUCUAACAAUGCCAAUCAAUUGGAUCAAACCUCUCGGAGGUUCUUUAUUGCUGGAAACCCGCAACAAGGACAACAACAACAACAACAACAAGGGAGACAGUACGGGGGCAGCACUAUGCGAAGGGAGCAAUUUCGAUCAGGCAAUGUUUUCAAUGGCUUUGACAUAGAAGUUCUAUCAGAAGCAUUUGGCGUUGACAGGGAAACGGCGAGGAGGCUACAAGGACAAGAUGACAUGAGAGGUCAUAUUGUUAGUGUUCAAGAAGGGCUUAGAGUAAUUAGACCACCUUUUUCACAAGAACAAGAAGAACAACAAGAACAAGGACAAUAUGGUCGUGGUCCUAUGAUUAAUGGAAUUGAAGAGACAAUUUGUACUGCUAAGGUUAGAGAAAACAUUGACAAUCCUGCUCGUGCUGAUAUAUACAACCCGCGUGCAGGACGUUUAAGCACUGUCAAUCGUUUCACUCUGCCCAUUCUUAGCUUCCUCCGACUCAGUGCUGCUCGGGGAGUUCUCUACAGAAAUUCGAUGAUGGCACCACAUUGGUACAAGAAUGCACACAGCAUAAUCUACAUAACGAGAGGCGAAUCAAGAAUUCAGAUAGUAGAUCACAGAGGACAAGCAGUGCUAGAUGAUCAAGUUCGCGAAGGACAAUGUUUAGUAGUGCCACAGAACUAUGCAAUUGUAAAACAAGCAGGAAAUGAAGGAUGUGAAUGGAUAGCAUUCAAUACUAAUGACAAUGCCAUGAUCAACACCUUGAGUGGCCGUACCUCGGCCAUUCGCGGGCUGCCCCUGGAUGUCAUUGCCAAUGCUUAUCAGAUAUCGAGGGAUGAAGCGCGAAGGCUUAAGUUUAACAGGGAUGAAACGCUCAUUUUCCGUUCUACUAGAAGAUCGCCGCGUUCCUAUGGAAGAGUAAUUGGUCUGGUUGAUGAGGCUAAUAGUACUAGUAUUGCUUGAUAAUUAGAGGAGGACUUGAGGUAUUAUGUUCUCAUAUGUAAUAUUAUGUAAGUGCGGCAUGUUUCUGCAAUUGAGAAAGAGGGCAAAUGAAGAAUAAAUUUCUAAAUAAAAAGAAUCUU